AAGAGAUGCACGUGAGAUUGCUGGUUAGAGGUUGGAGAAAAUGUAAUUUACUCUCUUUCCUCCCUUUGUGUCAAACGGGAAUUAACCGGCGUGUAAUUAUUAAGCUGCAGCGUUGCUGUAUUUCCUUUAAUAACGUCAGUUUUCCUCUGAAUCGUCCUUUUUAUCUUCCACGCUGUCAACAGAGCAGCGCGACGAUGGAGCAGGCAGCCGUCGACACCGAAACAUCGGCGGUGGUAAAUAGCCCGGUGUCAGGGGAGAAAGCUUCAACAAAGGCGGCAGAGAGUGGCAAACGAAAAAGCGAGGAGACAGGUGAACCUGAGACAAGCGGCCGAGGCAAGAGGCGGAGAGGAGCGGGAGGGAAGAAGCUCCGGCCGGGCGAGAGAUACAUCCCCCCUCCUCAGAAGCGGAACCCGGGUGUUAGCUUCAGCCAGGAGCACUUCAACGAGACCUCCUACUACUUUGAAGGCGGUCUGCGCAAGGUGUAUCCGUACUACUUUGACUUUAAAACGUACUGCAAAGGUCGGUGGAUUGGGAAGACCCUGCUGGAGGUGUUCAAGAGCGAGUUCAGAGCUGAGACCAUAGAGUAUUACCAGAGGGCUGCUAAAGAGGGUCGCAUCCGGCUGAACGACACACCUGUGGAGGACCUGUCAGUGGUGCUCAGGAAUAAUGAUCUCAUGAGGAACACGGUGCACCGCCACGAGCCCCCUGUGGUCGGCACUCCCCUUAAGGUUCUGGUGGAUGACGGUGAAGUUCUUGUGGUCGACAAGCCUGCCUCCAUCCCGGUCCACCCCUGCGGUCGUUUCCGCCACAACACGGUGAUUUUCAUCCUGGGAAAAGAGCUGGGCAUCUCGGAGCUCCACACAGUCCACAGACUGGACAGGCUCACCUCUGGAGUGCUGCUGUUUGCCAGGACGCUGGAAACAUCAAAGAAACUGGACCAGUUGGUGAGAGACAGACAGCUUGAAAAGGAGUAUGUGUGCAGAGUAGAGGGGGAGUUUCCAGAGGGGGAACUGACCUGUGAGGAGCCAAUCCUGGUCGUUUCCUUUAAGAUUGGCGUCUGCCGAGUCGACCCGAAGGGAAAGGAGUGCAGAACCGUCUUCCAGAGGCUCAGCUUUAACGGAAAAACCAGCGUGGUCCGGUGUUUACCGCUGACUGGCCGCACACACCAGAUUAGGGUCCACCUCCAGUACCUGGGCUUCCCCAUCCUCAACGAUCCCAUCUAUGGGUCCUCUGCCUGGGGUCCUCACAGAGGGAAGGGGGGGCUGAUGGAAAAGAGUAAUGAGGAGCUGCUGCAGGCUCUGGUCGAAGAACAUCGCUCUCAGGAAAGUCUUCACCUGCUGGAUAUUCCAGAUGAUGGUAUUGUGGUUGAACAAGAGGCUGAGAAAAACAAGACAUCUGAGAAAGUAGAUACAUUAGAUGGAACCUCAGAGCCUAACAAAAGUGGAGAAAGUCAUCAGACGGACACACAGGUGCAGAAAGGUUGUAGCUCGAGCAGUGAGACAGUGGAGGAGGUAAAUCAGGGCUGCACAGACCCAAACAGUAACGAUACCUCCCUUAAAGCUCAACCUGCUAAAUCAAAUGGAAAUCAAACAGAAGCAACAACUCCUCAAGAAACAAGAGACCACCUGUGCAGUGAAUGUAAGCUCGUACGACCAGAUCCCACAGAGAAGGAGCUCGUCAUGUAUCUCCACGCUUUGCGGUACAAAGGACCUGAUUUUGAAUAUUCCACAUGUUUGCCUGACUGGGCCAAAGAGGACUGGGUCCAGGCUGAGUGGAGCUGACCAGAUGAACACUUAAGCUUUUUUUUUUUUGUUUUGCUUUCCUGCAUGUUUUUUUCCAGACAUUUUAAAGAACGACCAGAAAUCUUGCAAAUGUUUCGUUCUGAAGCAGUUUUGAUUUUGCAGCGAUGGAUAAUUCUUCGGUAACUUCAGUAACUAACAAAGUUAGUUAGAAUAAGCUGUUCCACUAGAACGGGGUUUGUUGUUUUCCUUUUGCUCCAAGCUGUUAAAUCUUUAAACACAGAAAGAUAAUGGAAUUCAUUCUCAUUUUACUUAGCUUGUUUUAAAAUCAAUAAUAUUUAAUUUCUUCCUUAAAACCUGUAAUCUGACCCGUACUCCAAGCAAGAUUUGGAAUGAUUAAAAGCCAGUCUGCAGGAAAAUAAA